CAAGCCCCUCCGAUACCUCUUCGUUGGAACCUUCUACUGUUCUUGCAUGCUUUCGGCAUGACCUCGUCACCUUCAUUUCCCAACUUCCCGGACAAGCCCUCUCCUUCACAAUUACCUCUCCCUUCGACUCUCACUGCGAUUGCUUCCAACAGUCCUUCAGGACAUGGCCCACAAGCCAGCUACGGUACACGAAGCAACGGAACAAGCUCGCCCCUUUCUUCACCGCGUGUAGAGCCUUCCCGCUCUCCCACCGUGCCGACUUUCGCGUCCCAAUACCAUUAUAAUAGCACCACGCACGCUGGUGGCAUCCAACCAUCUGCCUCUUUCUUUCGGCCGUCGCGUCCCAACCAUCAGUACAGACAGCCAUCCGUAGAGUCUUCCUCAGCACUUCCAGGCGAUGGAGAUGUCUACAACCUUACGUCACUUACUAAACGACUGUCCAGCGAUUCAGACGAGCACACGGGAAGCAUCGCUGGUGGAACGACUGAAGAAGAUCAUAAAGGGUCGAGGGCGGUACGCGAUCCCCCGCUAACUAUCAAUACUCGACCUGCGUUAUCUCCUCGCCCGAGCGGAAACAGCGAAAAUGCUGGCCCCGCCCCUCGCAGUGCCACUGGUCGAUUGAUCCGCCACAGUCUUGAGCGCGUUUUCAGUCUGCGACGAGGGAUGAGUGUGGAGUCGAUACACCAAGGUGUUGGGAUGGGGUCGACGUUUGAAGGGCGUUCGCCCCAUGAUGGCAAAGCCCGCGACGAAGACGUGGGGAUGGGUCUAUACGACAUUCCCUCUGCCUCUCCGUACAAGACGUCGAUGGCGCCUACGGACUUCCCCUCCGAGGCUCUCCACAGCCCUCUCGACUCACCUGUACCGUCAUUUGGGUUUGCGCCUCGAGGGAUUCACGAUGGACCAUCACUGGAGGCACUGCCCGACAUUGAUCCAGACACCAAGAAGCCUUUCCGAAACUAUCAGCUGCAUCCUUCACGAAAUCGGUUUUUCUUGAAUGGGCACGUGCUUUCGGGGGGCGACUCGCCCUACGCUUUUAUUGGAUCUCUGACGUUGUUGUUUACUAUCGCCGGUGUCUGGUUUGGGACGACGGGACCAUGGUGGUGGCACAACUUGAGCCCUGCUGCGGCCAUUGUAUGCGGAUACAUGACCCUGAUCACGAUAUCGAGCAUGCUAGCUACUGCUUUCCGAGACCCAGGAAUCCUUCCCCGGGGUUUGGACCCAGAUCCUCCGUAUCCAGCCACAUCACCAUCAGACGGAAGUAGGAGAGCGCCUAUGCCUAGAGACCUCAAGGUUCGGUCUGACGUCGUGAGAGUCAAGUAUUGUCCAACGUGUAAAACAUAUCGCCCCCCUCGAUCCAGCCACUGCAAAAUGUGCGAUAACUGUGUGGAUGACUGCGAUCACCACUGCCCGUGGGUUAAUAACUGCGUGGGGCGCCGCAAUUACACCUGCUUCUUUGUUCUGCUUGUCUCCGCCACCCUGACCGUCAUUCUCGUUCUCUGCACUUCCGCGAUCCACCUGUAUCUUCUGACACGGAGAAAUCACGAGACAUUCAGGCAGGCCCUCGGCGAUCACGGUGGAAAGGGGUGGGGGAGCGUCAUUGUCUUCAUCCUGUCUGUGGCGGUUGUUUGGCCCGUGUCCGCUCUGAUGUUGUACCACGUCCGACUACUUCUGUUAAACAUCACCACCAUCGAGCAGAUCCGCAACCAAGCGCACAAAAGCCUUGUGCCUGGACCAGCUCCUCCCAAUCCAUUUUCACACGGCUCGUGGCGCCGCAAUCUUGCGGCUGUGUUGUGUCGCCCCGUGGGCUUUUCGUGGCUGGAUUUUGCGAGUCCAGCGACUCGGGACGGACGACAGGUGAAUCCGGGGGUGAUGCAAACUCGUUGAGUAAUACAUCUGUCUUGAUCUAGUCUAAAUUAUACAACAUCUGCAUAUAUCUCCGGGUUGUCCACGUAAGUAGGAGUCUACAGAGUAGAUGGAAAAAGACUUCAUCAGCCAUCACAUCACAAUUGCAUUCAGUCCCUGGCCUCGAGGCAUUGCUGAGACAUAGACUGUCCCAAAUGACCCCGUCCCCUGCCAAGUUCAUACAUACUGCCCGUGGUUGGGCUCCAAGAUGCACGUAAACUAUAUCCUAAGAUUCGAAACCCGGGCGAGUUUUUUUCGCCCGGAGGGCCGCCAGUCAGCAACCUGAUCAAAUGAAUAUGUCCGCGCUUGGUCCGUGAGAUUCGGCCGAGGAUCUACCGUGACGUCAUGAUGUUGAAUUGGAGCUCGGCGGAACAUUCGCGCUUUCAAGUCUGGCCUGACUGCACUAACUUGCAGGAUUGACUACGGCCAAGUAGCAUUCGAGCGGGUUCCCGUGCCAGCAUCUGCAUUUCAAAAAUAUCCACCUCAAUCUCGAUCUUCUACGUCAUCGAUCAUUGUGGCUCCACAUCCACGCGAAUGGAAGGAAAUCUGUCGAAAGAUCGGAGAUUCGGACAGAGAUCCGAAUCAGUUUUUUGAAUUGAUUUUGCGCGUUGAGCGGGGCUGAGUUUGAAUUCAAUGAUCCGUAGGUGCCGCAUCUUGUUUCCGCCCCCAAACGACCAAAGCGCCGAAAGGCUUGAGAUAAGAGCCGAGAAACCAUGUCAUCGCCACCUGCAGUCCCCGCUCCGGCACCUGCACCUCCAGAGGCUUCAACUGUGGCCGUCAAGCCGACGUCCAAAAAAUCUCGGCAACCCCGCAGGCAAGCAGCCGCCGCCGCCCCCGACGCUUCGCCGGCACCCCCUCCUCCCCCUCCGCAUCCCACGGCUCUCCCUUAUCCCCCAUACAUCAUGAACCCACCAUAUCCUCCCACCUUCUCGCCUCAACAAUAUGCAGCCGCCCCUCCGCCUCCAGGUGCCCCAGGUGCACCGCAAUACGCGUAUCCUGUCCAUCAUGCGCCUUACCCGCACUAUUACCCGCAGUACCCUCCGCAGGUCAUGAUGUAUGGGCCGCCCCCGCCUGCCCACCCACCCGCAGAACCAGCUGCGCUCGCGACCGCAGCGCAGGAUUCCGCCUCUGCUGCCGGACAAAAGCGGAAACGCAAACAGUCUCAACCAGCUGGUAAGGAUAAGGGAGGUUCUGACGAUGAUGGGGAAUCGGCGGAUGCCGCCUCGCCUAGCCAAUCACGCGCUGCGGCAGCCGCUCUUGAACUCAAGAAGCGCACCAAGACUCAGCGUGCUUGUGACUCGUGUCGGUCGCGGAAGAUUCGCUGCGACAUCAUCACCGACUCUGAACCAGCGAGAUGUCAACACUGUCAGCAAUUCUGCUUUGAUUGCACCUUUUUUCUGCCGAUUGCGGAGACGCGAUUCCGCAAGAAAAAGUUUGUUGAGGAGGGCGAGAAGGAUGGUCAAGCUGGUCAAGCUGGUCAAGCUGCCAAGCCCUCAAAAUCUCUUUCCGGCGACAAGCAGCGUGAUAGUAGUGUUCUUGGGCCAACGUCCCCAGCUCAUCUGCUCCACUCUACGGCUUCGAUUUCAUCACGAAUCUACGAAGGUUACGACUCUCGUUAUCACCAUUCAUUCGAAGUCUCUCAGAAUGGCGACGGGCUCAUUCGCGUUGCCAAGCCUCUGAGCAGCGAACAGGAGACCUCGACGCCGCGGCCGAUAGACUACUCCAUCGAUCCGGCGAUGAUUGAGCAAUUGUUGAACUCCUAUUUCGCAGAUGUUCAACCUCUGCUCCCUAUCAUCACGAAGCCAGAAUUUCUUGCGCUCUCUUCGCCGCCGCCCAUCUUGCUUUGGUCUAUGUGUCUCGUUGCGGCCGCCAGGAGGGAAGUUCCUCAGGCGUUAUUUGAUUCUAUCCGUUGGGCAGUCAAUGGUGUGAUCAGGGGCGAAGACGUCUUGAGCACACCGACUAUGGCGAACGUGCAAGCGCUCCUCAUCUUGUCCAUGACCGGCGACUGCCACUCGCAGUUUGUUCCCACAGCGUUGUCUGCGAUGUGGGCAAGACUGGGUGCCGCCAUCCGCAUGGCGCAAGAUCUCGGACUUCAUCGCGCGGAGAUGGUCAAAGUUGACAUUGAGUUGCGCCGUCGAGUUUGGGGUGCGUGUUUGAUCAGCGACCGUUGGACGAGUUUGGUGUACGGUUUUCCGCAAAUGAUCGACGUGCAUGAUUGCGACGUGCGAUUGCCGUCGUCCGGAGAUUCCAAAGACAUAUACCUGGAUGAGCUCGUGCGACUGAGUGUUAUCGGGGGCCGAGUUGUCAAGACCAUUUACAGCCCGUCUGGUCUCACGCUGGUGACCGAUGAUGUGCUCCAUAAGCUACUUUCAGACAUCGAAAACUGGAAGGCCAACCUGCCUGAGAGCCUCAGAUUCAAGGGCCCCGAGACAAGCCAAAGCGGCGGUAUUCUGCACCUGCUAUACAUCUCAGUGUGCAUGAUCUUCUGGCGGGUGUUUAUGCGCAUCAGCUAUGCCUGCCCUGCCCAUCUCAAAUUCGGUCUGACCGUGCCGCAAUGGACUACAUUAGUUGCUCUCACUGGCGAAAGCAUUGAUUGGUUGGAUGCUCAUGAGCGCGUUUACGAUGUCUGGCUGCUGGUGGCCUAUGCUGCCACAUCAUGCGCUUUUGUGCAAUACCACACAUGGGUCCGGCGCCAAGACCCGGAGGCUGUUGCUCGGCUGAGGAAGCUCAGAGACUGUGUGCGAAGAUGGGAGGGGUCUCUUUCACCCGAUCAUAUGUCCGCCAGGCGCAAGACUGCCGAAAUUAUCACCCUGUUGUUUGAGGCUACUCAGGGUCCGCAAUUGCCGCUGGAAAUACCUGCGCUGAAUCCUACCGGGGGUGUCAAGGGCAAGCAGCCCCUUGCGCUCAAUUACAAGCCCGAUCCCACACGGCCGGGGGGCGGUGUAUUCAUCGCCCAAAGCGAUUCGCCUGGUCUGGAUGACUUGCCACAAGGCACCGUUGUCCGGGAAGGGGAAGCAGCUGUUUUGCUCGGCAGUCCGAGCACCGCUGGCGCUCCAUCGGGUAGCAUGGUCAACUUCACACCCUUACCCACGGGGCGUAAUCAUAUUAACGUCAACCCUGCGAUGAACAUGGGGCCGUCCGGUAACCAGCCGGUGCAGGUCAUGAACGCCCUCGACCAGCUUCCGCAGGCGGCAUCUAGUAAUUCGCUCGCCGAACUGGCCAUCACAGACACGACAUUCCUGGAGGGUAUACCCGGGGGCAUGUUUGAUUGGGGCCAAUGGGACACUUUCUUCUCUCGCAUCAGUCAGACUCUGCCAGGCACCACGGCAGAAAAUACGAGUGCCAUGCCUGGCUACCAGAGGCCCAUUGAUCGACGUCAUCUAAUCUCCCUGGCACGUGCCCUACAUUCCUUUCGGCAUUCCUCUCGUACCGCACUCGUUCGCGCGGGGUUCGGAGCACGCACGAUGAAGCGCCUUUUCUCUCGCCCACCGAAGUCUCCACCUGCAGCGCAGGCAUCCUCAAGUCUGCCAGCCUCGUCAACUCCGACGUCCAUAAAUUCCCCGCACAUCACUGGACUGCAACCGAAAUAUGUCGUUCCGCCCGUCCCACAUCCAUGCCCCUACGACCAUAUAGCCCUCCUAGUCACCUCCGGCGCCCUUCUGCUGCGCCAACAUAUUCCCGGCUUGUCCGCCUCGGAGCCGGGACCGACAUCUCAUCUGCGGUUGGCUUGGAACAAGACAGUGAAGGUGGAAGAGAUUCAGGGAGAUGGCGUUGAAUCUGAAGAUGCAGACUGGUCCCAAAGUGUCGUUGUAUAUGGAAUCAUCGGCGUUCUGGAGCUGUUUUCGGCGUCGUAUCUGCUUGUGCUGAGUGGCAAAUCGGAGGCCGGACAGUGUUUGGACGCGUCGCGUACCGUGUACAAUGUCAAAGGAGUUACCGCCAUUCCGCUAGUCGAGCAUCGAGCUAGGAUCGCUCUGAACACUCUGGCAUCCCGAAAUACCCAUGCCGCGCGACCGUCGCUGAUAGCGCAGAGUAAGACUCUGGACUCGAUCGUCUCCGACAACGACACCGAGGUCGAGAGCAUCGCAUCGGAUACCGAGGUCCCCCGCUCACCGCCCCGCGUUCAGUUUUCUACGACGGACGAUGUGCACGUUAUGACCCCCAUCGAUUCCAGCUUCAGCCUCACCCCCAAAGACCAUUCGGCCCCCACUUCGCCCUUGUCCUCGACUUCCGAUUUGUCGUCCCUAGCAGACGAUCAGUCUGCCGUUUCUUCUCCGGUUGUCAAGACUCUUGCGUCUCGGCUAUCGUUCUGGAGUCGCUUGACGAAGCGCACUGCCACUGCACCUCCAACGCCUGAUGGCGCGACGCUUCCCGAGUCGGGAUCCUUGGACGAGGUCAUCGAUCUUCACAGAGAAGAACCGGCUGCUGCUAUCCACAAGCUUGUCGAAGCCGUGGCACCGGCUCCCUCGACGGCUGAAGAACGGCAUUCUGAACUCGAGGACAAGAUCGUGAAGGAAGUUGUGCGCGAGUUUUCCAAGGGGGGAAUGUACUUUGCGUACACUUUCGAUCUGACGCGAUCUCUGCAGCAGAAACAAGAGUUGGUUGCCCGUUCGCAGAAGAAGAACGCGCUACUGGCUGACCUGGACGCUCUCGAUUCUGCGGGGCCGGCUGAUUCCUCGAGUGACGGCACCGUCGAUGCCCUGGUUGAGCCGCACCCUACUCUGCCUCUUUGGCGCAGAGUGGAUCGACAGUUCUGGUGGAAUGAAUGGAUGUCAAAGCCGUUUGUGGAUGCAGGGGUUCAUCCGUUCGUUUUGCCAGUCAUGCAGGGAUAUUUUCAAAGCUCGACCUUCAACGUUCCCUCCGAGUCUGAGGAGGUGACGCCAGCGGAUUACACCAUCAUAUCGAGGCGGUCGAGAGAUAGAGCGGGGUUGCGCUAUCAGCGCCGGGGCAUCGACGAUGAUGCCCAUGUAGCCAACUUCGUUGAGACAGAGACUAUCCUUCGUCUUGAGCGCGAGGGUUCACCAAAUAUUUUCUCAUAUGUACAGCUCCGGGGCUCUAUCCCAUUAUUCUGGACCCAAACAGGACUUGCGCUGAAGCCUCCGCCUGUUCUGGCCACCGAUCGCACCCACGCCCAGAAUCUGGAUGCCAUCCGAAGGCAUUUCUUACGCACCAUCCCAAGAUACGGUCCUCAUACGGUCGUCAAUCUGGCUGAGCAGCACGGCAAGGAAGGGCAAGUGACUGGCGCUUACCGCGAUUACAUGGCCGAACUGGCUGAGAAGGAUGCUGUCUAUCAUGAAUAUGAUUUCCACCAGGAGACCAAAGGAAUGAAAUAUGAGAACAUCUCGCAAUUGAUUGACACGAUGGAGCGUACAUUCGAACAACAGGGAUAUCUCUGGAUCUCGGGAAAUUACACGAUGUCGUCUCAGAAAGGCAUUUACCGUGUCAACUGCAUCGACUGUCUCGACCGGACAAAUGUUGUCCAGUCUGCCUUCGCUCGCCAUGUGAUGAACAAUCAGCUCAGUGCUGUUGCGUUGACACAUCCGUCUUCGGACGGGCGUACCGAAGCAGAUAAUGUCUUCAAUGAUGUUUGGGCCAAUAACGGUGAUGCGAUCAGUCGCGCCUAUGCCGGCACCUCUGCCCUCAAAGGCGACUUUACAAGAACAGGCAAACGGGAUCUGAGUGGAAUGCUGAACGACGGUGUCAAUUCUCUCGCGAGAAUGUACACCUCGACAUUCAGCGAUUGGUUCUCCCAAGCUGUGAUUGACUUCACCCUUGGAAACCGGACGAUCUCGGUGUUUUCCGAGUUCCUCUUGAAGCUGCAAUCAACAGACCCUCGCGAUCUGAUUCGGUUGUCCAAGAUUAGAACAGAAGCCAUUGCUACUUCCGUAUCCCGUGUCUUGCAGGAUGGAGAGCGCUUGCUUUCGGGGUGGACUGUUUUUGGUCCCGAAGAGUUGAAUGCAAAGAUAGGGGACAAGUUUGAAGAGAAGGUCCUCCUCCUGACAGUUUCUGCAUUAUAUAUCAUCAGUUACGAUUAUACCCUGGAGAAGGUGAAGAUGUAUACCCGGAUCCCGCUUGGAGACAUUACCCAGAUAUCAAAGGGGGCCUAUAUCUUGUCCCCCCUCGAAGAGGCCAGUUGUGACCCCGACCAGAAUUCCGGAUUCGUCGUGUCCUGGACAACCCUGAAUGAGACGACCCGUGUCUCGAGCUACUCGAUCCGCAACACUCUGCAAGCCCUGUCUCGCUCCGAUUCGACCUUCAAGAGCAAGUCUUUGGCUGCGGCUGCAAGCAUUUCACGCAUUCCUUCCUCUUUGGGACGGGCUACUGGACCAGCGAGCAGCUCGAUGACCGCCCGGAUGAUGGGUCCGACAGUGCCCAUGACAAACAGUUUUGCUGCCUUCAAGACCCUGCCGAUUGAUCCGACGCGGAGUCGUCGAGACAGCAGCAUCAGUUCGCUGGGCGGGAGUGCUUAUCUGGACUCGAUUGACGAGCUGGGCAACGCCAGCUGUUGUCGAGAGGCUGCAGAUUUGAUGGUUGACGGCAUACGACGAGCCUGCGAGGAUAUCGGCAACGAUGCCGACCUGGUCGUUGACCAAGACGUGGUCAGCUUGUCCGAGGCUCAGCGGAUGACCAGCAUGUACGCAAAGAUGGAAUAUGGAGUGAAGAGACUGCUUUGGUUGGGUGGUUGAUUCUAUAACGUUAGCCGAACGUUCGGACCGGGGUCGUGCGACCAACAUUUUGUAAUACUCAUCGUCUCCGAGGACUCUGGGGAGCUUCAUGUACAUAUCAUCCUACAUGCAUUGUCUGCUGUCCUCGUUGCCAGGCUUCUGCAAAUCUCCAAUAAUCACCGGUGAUGAACCAUCAAAUCGCUUGGUCGUGACCACAUGCAGACGUUCGGUUGGCGUGACCAUUGUUUCUCUCAUGCACCCCCACCACUAGGCAGUCGCGCUGGACGUACCAUAUCUACCUCUUCUUUCUCUAACGCUCUUUUCUCAUUCCAAUGCUCAUGUCAACCCCCUCCCAACCCGCUGGGCGCAUAUCGCAGGUCCUCCCCAGCGUCAAAUGCUCCAAUUGCAAUCAGCCUGUCCCUCUCGCCGAGCUCGGAGAUCACAUCUGUGCUCCUGUCCCCCCGCUCCCCACUCCCAAUGCCUCAAAAACGUCUGGUCUCAAUAUACCCAAGCCCUCCAUCUCUCCCGCAGCAGCAGCGUCGCUCCUACCGCAACGGUUGCAAGGUCUUGUUAACAACAAUAACAAUAACGCGCCCGGUGCUCCCGGGGAUCCCUCCCCCCUCGCAGUUCCGCGGCCAUCCCCCCGGCUCGAACAGCGUCCCCCCAGCCCACGUUAAGGACAGCGUCUCCCCAGCCCUCCAUACGGGCAGCAUCUCCGGCACUGUCCCAACGCCCAAUCCCUUCCAGAGUCAACACGGGAGGUGCACCGUCGUCGUUCGCCGCUCCUCCGCGCUCGAGCCCGUUAUCGCGCAUGGACCAGCCUGCAUCGCCUGUGUCCGGUCUGUCGGCCGGCGUUACGCGUGCGAGAUCGGGAUCAUCGAGUGUUGGCGUUUCCCCCGUUUCUCCCGUCACGGCCCGACCUUCCUUCUCAUCUACACGUGAAACGCCGGCGGUGCAGCAACAGCCUCCCGCGGGGGUAGCCAAGCCCUCGUUAAUCAACACGCAAUCCGGCGGGGAAGCGGGAAUGGCCGGGGUGGGCCGCAGAGGAUUCGCUGCUGCUGCGAGGGCUGCGAUGUUCACCGUUUCGCCGUCAGGGACCGGAGGAUCCACUGUACGCGCGAGUCCGCCUAGGAACAUCGACACCGGUGCUGCAAGCUCCACAUCUACGCCACCACUCUCGACCUCCACGGGAUCUUCUGGCUCGCCGGGAAUAGCGUCAUACCCGGAAUCGCCACAGUCCCCAGAGUUGUUCAGCAGACGUCGUUCGCCCUCCCCACCAUCACGAACUGGCGCCCGUGUGCAUCAGUCUUCGGCGUCCGUCUCAUCACGAAGCAGCAGGUAUUCGAAAAAGGAACACUUCCGUUCGGAGAGCUCUGGGUCUGCGUAUGGCUUGGCCUAUGCAGAUUCGACGGAUUAUGAAGACGGUGACGACGACGACGACGCGGCGGACCUGAGGCGAGCCAACGAACGCGUAGCGCCAGCGCGAGUGAAGAGCCCGCCUGCGCCCUCGAUACGAUCUGUGCAGUCCUCUGCACGCGGGAAUACUCGACCGCGGAAAGAUUCUCUCUCCGACAGCGGAUCGGAUUAUGGUGGAGAAGACAGCCCAGUCAAAUCUGCGCGUGCAGGAGACUCGUUUGAUCUCCCUCGAUCUUCGAGUGACAGCGCACGAGGCGGUCCUGAAAAGCCCUCGUCGCGCAGUAUUCAUAGUCGUGCUGACAGCAGGGAGAGCGCUGAUAGUUCGUCUUCGCUGUGGCGACGUCCUGAGGAAUUGGCCAGUGUGCGCUCAAAGCCAACGAGCGAUAACGGGGCCUCGCAGCGAUCUCGAUCUCCCGAACAGUCCGCCGAGAAACCACAACGGACUGCACGCAAACCCAAGAUCUGUGUGCGCUGCGAGAAGAAGAUUGAGGACGGUAAAUGGGUGCAGAUGGACGAGGGCGGGGUUCUGUGUGAGAGAUGUUGGAAGAACAUGUAUCUGCCCAAGUGCCGGAGGUGCAAUCUGCCAAUCGAGAAACAGGCCGUAUCAUCCUCCGACGGACAGCUUAAAGGCAAAUACCACCGUGAAUGUUUUAAUUGCCAUGUUUGUCAUAAACCGUUCCCGGACAAGACGUUUUACGUUCACGAGCACAAGCCUAUGUGCAAGUAUCACUAUCACGAGGCCAACGAGUCUUUGUGCGCGGCAUCAAGCUGUGGACAGCCCAUCGAGGGCCCGUGCGCGGUUUCGCAUGCUGGAGACCGUUACCACCCUGACCACAUGCUGUGUGAAUAUGCUGCAGGCUGCAGGGAACGACUGGAUGAUUACUGGGAGGUUGACGGCCGCAUGUUGUGCGAACGGCACUCGAGAAGGGGAGGGGACGACGACGAGAAAUCGAGCUCCCGUGCGAUGAAGAGGAAGACCCGCUACAUUGAACUUGCGAAUGGGAGGUGAACCUGAUAAUAACCGCCAUUCUAGACGAUCCACCCCCUUAUGGACACAGCUGCUUUCCUUUUUCUUGGGUUUGGUUUCUAUCACUACUACUACUACUAUCUGUACACAGCAGCACUCGUUCCUGACUGCAUUGUACAUUAUCACAAUAUGCUAGUACCCGUUUAACAUCAACAGUUUGUUAAAUAUCAGUGCAGAAACUUCAUCACCUU